UGCUAGGAGACUUCCCCUACUUCCGGUGUGUGAUGGAGGUGGAUGAGGCGCCCGUUCAGACCUUUCCCUCGAUGGUCGAUCGCUAUUUUAGACGCUGGUACAAGACAGAUGUUAAAGGGAAACAGUGUGAAGAUCAUUGUAUCUUACAGCAUUCUAAUAGGAUAUGUGUCAUCACUUUGGCAGAAUCUCACCCUCUUUUACAGAGUGGGAGAAAAAUAAAAAGCAUUAGCUACCAGAUCAGUGCCAACUGUAGUCGACUACAAAACAAGGUUUCAGGAAAAUCUAAACGGGGUGGACAGUUUCUAACAGAACUUGCACCAUUGUGCAGAAUACUUUGUAUAGAUGGUGAGGAAUACACAAUAUACAGUUGUAUCAGAGGACGUUUACUGGAGGUAAAUGAAAAUAUUCUCCAGGAGCCCAGCCUUCUACAAAAAAAGCCGUCUACAGAAGGAUACAUUGCUGUUGUAUUACCCAAAUUUGAAGAAAGCAAAAGUAUAACCCAAGGUUUAAUUAACCAGGAACAGUAUCAAGAUAUUAUUUCAAAGAGACACAAGACAACAGCAGCAAUAAUGGGAAAUACUGACCUCUAAACCCCACAUCUCUUAGCGAUUGUAUUCCUUAAGUUAAGCUGUUUUAUUUCACAUGAAAAUUUAAAGCAGCAACAUACUUUAAGGAAGUGAUUAAAUGGAUGAUCUGUGAUGAAGCAAUAGUUUUGCUCUUGAAUUGUAUACUUGGAUAACUGGGGAUAGUUCUUUAGAGUCAGUUUUCUUCAGUUCAUUUCUCAAUGAAAAUAAUGUUUAAAACAAUAUACAAAAAGUCAGUUAUCGUAUUACCUGUUUUUUCCUAGAAAUACCAGUUUAAAGUUGUUUUAAAAUUUAACCUUGUUUAAUGAGAAGGAUUUUUGUAUAAUGGCGUUUAAUUUGAAAACCAGUGUAAAAUGCUAUUCAGAAAUGAAUCUGUGAAGCUUUAUUAAAUUUCACUUUGAUUUUGAUAGAGCUAAAUAUCCUGAAUUGUUUUAAAGUGAAGACUCCAUCUAUCUCUUGAGAUUUUGAAUUUGUGUAUUAUAAAUAUUUCAAUUUUUGAUUUUAAUCAAGAUUUUGAAAAUAUUUCUGUUUUUCGUACCCUCUUAGUGUUUUCUUCAUCAUGUAGACAUACAAUUCUGCAACUUCAGUAACACCAACAUUGACUCUUACCUGCCUUCCCACAUGGUCCACAUGUUGGUCUCAAGUUAAGGCUACCACCAUAUAUUUUUAAUUAAAUUAGUUAAAAGUUAUACUUGCUUACUUUACCAUUGAUACCCACAUCUUUGUAAUCCAAACAACAUACUGGGGCUGGAGAAGAGUGUUUUGGAGGAUUUUAGUUUAAGCUUUAAAUAUGCUGAGGUGCCAUGUGGCACAGGGUUGGAUGCAAAGUAUGGUUACGAAGUUUAGAAUAUUGAAAAGAUUUUAGAAAUCAGUGGUGAAUGAAUAAAACCAAAAAUUACAAAGGGAAAAUGAAAGUUUUAGAAAGCUCACUAGAAGUUUAGAAACGUUGAAGAAAAGAAUAACUUACGUUCGCCUGUGAGAGUGAGAAUGGGGAAUUAAUGAGAAACAGGAAAUGAAGUGUUGAACAAUUAUUGUGAUAUUUAAAAUCAUGAGGGAAGAACAUAAAACAAUUGUAACAAGGAAAUAUACUGGGAAAACCAUUAGGGGGUAGACAAGAACCCAGGCUCUAAUGGCUUUUUUCCUAGGAUUUUUAAAAGUAGUGGCUAUAGGGAUUUAGAUGCAUUAAUUGUGAUCUUCCAAAAUUCCCCAUACUCCAGAAAGGUCCCAGCAGAUUGGAAAACCUUUGUGAAAGGGAUAUUACAGUUGACUAAUGAGUUAGGGUUAAGUAAGUAAUAAGAAAAAUGGAUAAAGAGGAUCCUGUAGAUAAUGAUAUAUGUGGGGUUCCAUAAGCCAUAUUUAGAUCAGGAAUCAAUUCUAUUGAAGGGCUGAGCAGGCUUGCGGGUCUGAAUGACCUGUUCUUUUUAAUUCUUGUGUAUUUUUCUACGCAGAAAUUCUGCUGCAUGGAAUUAUGUUUAAUUGAAUGUUGUAUCUAACAUCUUGCCCAUUAUUCAUACUGAGCAUCUGGGCAGUCAAUACAUCCCAAGGCAAUAUAUAAUUGAAUGAAUUAUGCACUUGGUUUAAAAAAAAGAGCUUUAUAAAUUGAUGUAGAUUUGGAGAAAAAUCUCACUUGCAAUUUUGUCAAAUUUUAAAUUGGAAAUGAAUAAUUACAGAUAUGGCCAUUUGUAUUUGUUAAGUCAGUAUGAAACACCAACUCUAA